AUGCCUCCUCCGCAACAAACAUCAGCCUCACAAACCCCUCACAUCUCGCCCGCCGAGCUCUCAUACCUCUACACCUCGCUCUCGCAACCCGACGGGCCCAUCCGCCCCGACGGCCGCUCUCCCACACAAUUCCGGCCUCUAACCGCCGAGACAGGCAUUGUACCCGGCGCAAACGGCAGCGCACGCAUUGGAUUUGCUGAUGGCUCGGAGGCGAUUGUCGGAGUGAAAGCAGAGAUUGAGAGGACGCUGGCCACAGACGCGCUGGAUCUGCGACAGCUGCAAGAGCUCGAGCAGCAGAAUGACGGAUAUAGCGGUGCUGAUAACGUAGACGGCGGAGAUGCCACGCGUGAGGGAUCCCAUGCGGUUGCCGGACAGAGCUCGUGGGUUCAAAUGUCGAUUGAGAUCCCUGGCUUUCGAGACGAUGAUGCAUUGCCGGUGUUUUUGUCAGAGAUGAUGCGUGAAUCGCUGGUUGGGGCUGGGAAUGAUGGGGAAGGGAAUACCUCUGGUGGGGGGUUGAAAAGUCGACUGAUUCUGUUACUGUCGCCGCCUCAGUCAUACCCUCUACCCCUGCUCUCACUGACCACACAUCUGGCACUCUUGUCGACACGACUUCCUAAGCUCAAAUCCCAAGGCGAGGAAGACCCUUUCUUCGAAGACGACUGGAACCUGGCCGAAUACAUCUACACACAACAAAACGCCAAACACGCGCGCCCCCCAGUCACACUACUCGUUAUAUCGACGGGGAAAAACGUAAUCUUCGAUCCGACACGGGAAGAAAUCGCCAAAAAUAAAACGGAGCUGCGGAUAACGAAACCGUGCUCUUCAGCGGAGACAACAACAACAACAGGAGCCAAAAUGGCCGCGAUGCAGAAUAUCCCGCAGUUCCUGCUACCACGAGGAAUCUCCUCACGGACCUUGCGAUAUGCAGCUACAGCUCAAGCACCAGCAACAGCGGCAGCACGUCGCGGCUUCUCAUUGUCAGCGCCGCAACGCAAACAAUCUGCAGGAAACAAUGCCUCGAAAGAAAAAAAGGCUCGCACACUCGCCCAGCCAGACAAAUUCCGACCACCGUCACACCCCCAGCGCCGCGUGAUGCAGACACGCGAUGGCAAGGCAGUCGUGCGAGAGCCAUUCAAUUACCCUGGUCCGGCGCUGUCGGCCAAGGAGAAGGAGGAGCAGCAAACGAAGCGGUAUCCCAACAUGUUUCCGCCAGAGGGGACGGUGAUGCACAAGUUUUUGACGACGCGGUGGAUUCAUGCGUGGAUUGCAUUGGGCGUCCUCACAUCUCUCGCGACGUUCACAUUCAUGGAAAACUUCAAACGCACAUCGCCAUUCGCGCACCUGAUGCCCGGCUGGUCCGGGCUGCUGAGCCACCCGAUCAACACAAUCGCGCAGGUGGUCUCUGUGUGGAAGAUGCACGUGCAGCACACCUCGGUACUGGCGCGCGAGAAACGGCACAAGCGUAUUGACGACGCCGAGAAGCGUCGCCAGUACCGCGUUGCUCACGGGCUGGAAGCGCCUGCUGUUGCUGAUACUGCUGCUGCUGCUGCAGCUGUCGAGGAUGACCAGUCGCCUGUUGCUGCUGGUGCGUCGGAUACAAUGGUUGCGCCUGUCAAGGUGGAGGUAGACGCAGAAGCUGUCAAGGACGAAGAAUAUCGCGAGUUUGGGGGUCAGAAACGGCCGGUCAAGAAAUGGCUGGGGAUUUGGUGA